UGGCCCACAUCGCAUUCAUUAACACAUCACUUUUAAUAAUAUUAUAAUAUCGUAUUGUUUCCGUCCAACCGUUGCAGUUUUCCCGUUACGGGAGGCGCUCAGUCCAUAUGGACCUGCCGAAUUUGACGACACUACAGCCCGUGGAAUUUACGGAGUUUUGAGCAAACCGCGUCCGGACUUUGAACGAUGAAGACCUCCACCGCCGUUGCGUUCGCGUUCUGCUGCGGUUCGCUGUUGCAGUUGAUGCAAGUCUGCUGCUCUAUGCGUCCGGUUGACAGUUACCUGGACUUACACGAUGCGAUGACGGUAGACGAGCUGAACUAUUACUUCGGAGUGUCCGAUCCAGCGGAUGCACCCGAGUACGAGGUGGUCAUGCUAUCCGAUCCCGCAAACCGACCGGAUUGCACGUUUUUUGCUUUUGGCAGAUCAGUGCAGUUGUUCUUGGAACCCAACGACCGUUUGAUCAGCGAAAAUUUCGUGUGGCAAAUACGAGACGAUUCGGAGUCGAUAACAUAUGAGGAAAAGUCACCGAGACGAUGUCAUUACAUGCAUCGGAUAAGUCGUACCGGAGACGGUGGCGUGACUGCAGCGUUUACUUACUGUCCGGGGAGCUCCAAAAAUGGUAUUGUCUUCCUGCCGGACGUCACGUACGAACUGCAAUCCGUAAGUGCCAGGCUUUGUCGGUAUCGGUGUGACGACGAUGGUAGAAAUGCGUUCAUUUUGAAACGAGCGCCGACGAUAAAUCACACGUGGACCGAUGGAUUCAACGUAUUGCGAAGACCCGGCGAAAACUAUGCUUUCAUGUCACCAGACCUUUUUGUAGAGGACACGAAAUACGACGAGGAUGGAACGGCGGCGGCGGCGGUGGCGACAGCGGCUAUGCCCGUAUUGGAGACGGCGCUCUAUUUUGACGAAGCGGCGUACAAAACGUUUUCGGAGUACUUUAAACACGAUGACGAACACCUCGCCGACAUGAUUCUCGCUUACGUCAACGCCGUUCAAGUACUAUACCAUCACCCAAGCUUGGGACAAAAAAUUGAAAUCGUCUUGGUCAAACUAGAAAUGUUCAAAAAACAACCGGAUGACUUGCCGCAUUACGGUGGCGAGAGAAGUUCAUUAUUGGAUUCGUUUUGCGCCUUUAACAAGAAAUAUCGAAAACAAGAACAAUGGGAUAUUGGACUCUAUAUUUCGGGAUUAGAUUUUUACGCGACGGAAAACGGACAUUGGAGUGGGUCCACCAUGGGUUUGGCGACCGUGGGUGGUGUUUGUUCGGAGAAGUAUUCGUGCAUUAUCGCCGAGUUCGGUUCUACAGACGCGCUUGGAAAACCGUACCCGUCGGCGGGCUUUACAUCCGUAUACAUACUGGCACACGAAAUAGGCCACAGUUUAGGUAUGCAUCACGAUGGCAAUACAAACAAUUGUCCGAAAGAAGGGUUCAUAAUGUCACCAUCGAGAGGGAUUACCGGAGAAUUGUUAUGGUCAGAAUGCAGUGCUAGUGUUGCAACAAAUCUGAACAAUCUCGAAUGUCUCUUCAAGCAGUCCAGUAGUCGGCAUUCGGCAACGGUCCAAAAGUUGGAUCACAACAAAUUCGCCGACAAGCCUGGCCAAGCGUGGGACGCAAAAAAACAAUGUGAACUACUGUUAUUGGACAACGACGCCCGGGUAAUGAGCACCGAAACGAAUUUGGACUCGUCGCGACAGCAGCCAGAAGAUAUAUGUGAAAAUUUACAAUGCGAAACGCCAAACCGACCUGGAUAUUAUUUUGCCGGGCCAGCGUUGGAAGGGACCACGUGCGGACCCAGCUCGUGGUGCGAGGCGGGAAAAUGCGUUAAAGGCAAACCGAAAAAACCGAAAAAGAUCAUAAAAGGUGGAUGGAGUCAGUGGAAGGUGCACGAGUGUACGUCGGGGUGUAUACAUAAGUCAAAAGGUUUCAGGUCCAGGACGAGAACGUGCAACAAUCCGAAACCGAUAAACACGGACGAGGGAUGCGAGGGGCCCAGACAUGAAGCCGUUCUCUGCAAAGACGACAAGACGUGCCAGAAGUCCAAAAAGAUGACUGCAGCGGAAUACGCGACGGCCAAGUGCAAGGAAUUGGCCUCUAUACUGCCGGCGUUGGACAAGGAGUACUCGGGUCUGCAGGCGCCUCACGAAGACGCCCGCCCGUGGAUGGGAUGUUCGGUGUUCUGCAGGCGCAAGGACACCGGGUCGUUCUACACGCCCAGGUUGGACGUGUCAAAUUUACCGGUCGAUCCGUACUUCCCUGACGGAACUUGGUGCCACUCCGCAGACAACGAUAACUAUUACUGCCUCAAUCACGUCUGCACGCCCGAGGACGACUUAAAGCGGUCGGGCAAAAGUUCGGCCGAUUCGGGCGGCGACUUCCCAAUGAUCAGCCAGAACGCCAGGCCACCGGGGCCGUACGUCGUACCGGAAGUCCUGUUGCGUUACUUGAGCGUUGGUGCCGAUGGCACGCCGUUGCUGACAACAAUCACGCCGGACAUGGUCGACCGGACCGAUUACGGGGACUGGUCGAGCGACGACUACGUGGACAUGCCCGACAAACCUUUGCAGGAGCGCGUGCAGUAUGCCGUCAACAUGCGAUGAGGCCGUGACCAUGUCCACAUCGCGGAAGUUCAGUUUCAAAGGCAGCCGUUUACGCAGUACAAUAAUAAUGAUAAUAAUUAAUAAUAAUAAUAAUAAUAAUGAUAAUAAUGAUUGGUGUGGAUUCGAAAAUCUCGUCCACAACUUACACUAUAACUAUUGUGAUCCGUACAAUAUUAUAAAUUAUUUAACCAGUUACUAUUAGGUACUUAUGCAUAAUAUACUUACUUAAUACUAUAUUAAAAUUACCUUUCGUUUCGGUCGGCUUUUGAGAUUCUGAAAAACAAUUACGAUGAAAAAUAGAUUUUAUUACGUACUUUGACGACAUUAAUACUGUAGAGAUAAAAAUCCUUCAAGUAGUUUUUUUAAAUCACAAAAUUUCUCUGAGAAAAAUCAGUGUGACUAAUAAUUAUAUAUAUCACUCAGUAUAUGGACACAUAUCACGUGGUUUUUUUCUUCGUAAAACUUCAAUCGAUAUUUUUUAACGUUAGGUAUGUCGAUUCAUUUGAGUGUCACGUGGUUUUAUAUAAAUGAUUUUUUUAUUCGGGGUAAUGUAUACGUUACAAUGUUGUAUAACUAUAGUGACCAAAUUUUGAAAAAAUGUAUCACUGCUAUAUAAGAGGUACCUUUUGACGGAUUUUACAUAUUAUUGUUAUAUUUUAACGAAAACAUGUUGUAUUUUUUAAUAAUAUUUAAAUAUUUUACGUCC